GCCAUGCCCUACGGCCCGGACUCCCUUUCCCUUGGUGCCGUGCGCGGGGAUGCCCGGCCGCCGGCACCUCCCUCGUGUCGGGGCGCGGAUGACGCUGGCGGCGGGGUGUUGCCAGGCCGAGUCGGGCCCGCGCUGCGGGGGGCUUCGGCAGCGGCGACCCCGCAGGCCGGCUGGUGAGCCGAGCCGUCCCUCUCCUCUUCCGCGGGCCUGGGCUCCCCUGGAAGCUCCAGUCGGGGUCUGGGCCCCGCUGGCCUUCGUCACCCUCCUCAGCUUCGCCUCCCGCUUCUACCGCCUGUCCGAGCCGCCGCACGUCUGUUGGGAUGAAACUCAUUUUGGGAAGAUGGGAAGUUACUACAUUAACCGGACCUUCUUCUUUGACGUCCACCCACCUCUGGGGAAGAUGCUGAUAGGACUUGCUGGGUACCUGAGCGGAUACAAUGGCACGUUUCCUUUCCAAAAGCCAGGGGACAGAUAUGAGCAUCAUAACUACAUAGGAAUGAGAGGGUUCUGUGCAUUUCUAGGCUCGUGCCUAGUUCCCUUCGCCUACCUCACAGUGCUGGAGAUGUCCAAGUCACUGUAUGCAGCAUUACUUGCAGCCUCCAUCCUGAUUUUUGAUACAGGCUGCAUUACUCUGUCCCAGUACAUCCUGCUUGACCCCAUUCUGAUGUUCUUUCUUAUGGGAGCUGUGCUGAGUAUGGUGAAGUGUAACUCCUGUGCAGAUAGGCCGUUUUCUGCUUCCUGGUGGUUCUGGCUGAGUCUGACUGGGAUCAACCUUGCUGGAGCGAUAGGGGUGAAGUUUGUUGGCCUCUUUGUAGUCCUCUUGGUUGGACUGAACACAGUUUAUGAUCUUUGGGAGUUGCUGGGGGACCUCAGCCUGUCACUGGUCACACUAGGGAAACACUUGCUGGCUCGUGUAUUCUGCCUCAUCCUGCUGCCCCUCGCGCUCUACACAGCUCAGUUUGCUGUUCACUUUGCAGUGUUAAAUAAAAGUGGGCCCGGGGAUGGUUUUUUCAGCUCUGCCUUUCAGUCCCGACUGAUUGGGAACAAUCUUCACAAUGUCUCCGUUCCAGAGCAUCUGGCCUAUGGUUCUGUGAUCACAAUGAAGAACCUUCGGAUGGCAGGGGGGUAUCUUCAUUCACACUGGCACUUGUACCCCGAGGGUGUGGGGGCUCGUCAGCAGCAGGUCACUGCCUAUUUACACAAGGACUUGAACAACCUGUGGGUUAUAAAGAAACAUGAUUCCAACACAGAUCAUUUAGAUCCUUCCUACUCUGUGGAGUUUGUGAGGCAUGGAGAUGUUAUUCGGCUGGAGCACAAAGAGACUUCUAGAAAUCUUCACAGUCACCAGCAUGAGGCCCCCAUGACAAGGAAGCACUUUCAGGUCACUGGAUACGGAAUAAAUGGAACAGGAGAUGCCAACGAUUUUUGGCGGAUUGAGGUGGUGGGCAGGAAGGCUGGGAAACGCAUUAAAGUCCUACGGAGUCAGAUCCGACUGACCCAUCUGGCCACAGGAUGCAUACUUGGGUCCUCUGGGAAGACGCUGCCAAAAUGGGGCUGGGAACAGGUGGAAGUCACCUGCACUCCAUAUGUGAAGGAGACUCCCAAUGCCCUUUGGAAUGUUGAAGAUCACAUCAAUCCCAAGCUGCCUAAUAUCAGUCUGGAUGUUCUGAAACCCUCCUUCCCAGAGAUUCUCCUGGAGUCCCACAUGGUUAUGAUCCGGGGAAACAGUGGCCUCAAACCAAAGGAGAAUGAAGUCACAUCCAAGCCUUGGCACUGGCCCAUCAACUACCAGGGCCUGCGUUUCUCUGGAGUCAACGAAACAGAUUAUCGAGUUUAUUUGCUGGGGAACCCGGUGGUCUGGUGGCUGAAUCUGGUCACUAUUGGAUUGUACCUCCUAAUGGCAACUUGUGCUAUUGUGGCCAUGAAGAGGGGAGUUCAGCUGACAGCUGAAUUCAAAGAGCUCUCUGAAGUCUUACUACAUAGUGGAGGGAAGAUCAUGCUGGGCUGGCUCCUCCAUUACCUCCCUUUCUUCAUGAUGGGCAGAGUCCUCUACUUUCAUCAUUACUUUCCUGCCAUGCUUUUCUCUAGCAUGUUGACAGGAAUUACAUGGGACACGUUGCUGAAGUUCUGUGCUGGGCGCCUGUCCUGCUCCAUGGGGAGGAGGGUGUAUACAUAUGGGACGCUGGCACUGAUGUUGCUCAUUGUGUACAGCUUCUACCUCUUCCAUCCUCUGUCCUAUGGGAUGGUGGGACCUAUGGCUUCAGAUCCCAACAGCCCAAUGGCAGGGCUCAGGUGGCUGGAAUCAUGGGAGUUCUAGAGCCGGCAGGAGGCAGCCUGGAACAAGGGAAUAAGAAACACAAGAACUAUCAAGUGUCAAGCUGACUCUUGGGCACUUUGAGUCAAAUUGCUGUGAAGCACCACUCUGGAGAACUCCGGAGAAUCUGCUCCCCAUAGUAGCCCAUUGUCUCAUCACUGGUUUGCACAGUCUGAGCCUUGGCAGAGGAUGACCACAAGAAAGACCCUCUAAGUAAGACUCCAGCCAUAGGUCCAGUAGAUUCUAUUUCCGAGGCCAGAUACUGCUCAGAAAGAAGACCUGGGUCCUCCGAGCAAUGUGUCUUAGAAUUUGUACAGUCAUACUUUGGCCUUGCUUUGGCCUGUCUAGCAGCCACACUGGUGUGAUUUGGAGGAGUAUGUGUUUAUAUCUGUUGGAGGGUGAGGUUGCACACGUCUGUCUUUGUCUCUGUUCAUAUGAAAAUCACUCGAUUGCAGGAAAGAACUGACUGUAGAAAACACAGUGUCCUGAGACAUUAAGGAUCUUUUCAUAUUUAAUAACUUUUAUUAGUGGUGUUUUAUAUAUAUUUUGGAGAAUGUCUGGGAACCGCCCUGUCCCAGCCAUUUGCAUUUCACUGAUCUGAUGCUGUUUCUAGUACCUGGCCGAACUGAAAGUCUCUCAGUGGCCUGAACCCUCCAUAAGCCAUCGUGCCUUGCCUGUCUCCCAGGCCCUUUGCAAACAGAAGGAUUGUUUAUCCUUGCAUAUCCCCUUGCUUUCAGGCCACCUGUAACCACUUACAAUAAUCACUGUGUAGCUACCUGGCAAACCUCAUGACAGCUCAGAGCCAGACAGUUCCAGUUCAUCAGUCUUGCAAUUCUGCCACAAGAUGCUAAGAUGCCCCAAAGAUAAUUACAGUGAGAGCAGCAAGUUUCUUUUAUUGCUUGUCUUGGGUUCUUUGAUGUAAGGGCCAGCCUCUUUGGGGAUGCACAGAUAGGGAACCCUUGCUGACAGCUGUCAUUCAUCCUUUGAUACCAGCAGUUCUACUGCCAGUAACACUGCGUUGUGUGAGGAAGCUAAGACUUAGCAGUCACUGGAAUCUGCAAAGCCUACUGCUAGAUCUGGGGUAUUUAACCAUUAAUAUUCCUCUGCUGAAGGCAGGUUUCUUCUAAUGGGAAACUGCACUUCUUGUUAUUAUGAUAAACUGCCAGGCAAAUGAGAAGGGGGGGGUGGAGGGAGAGAGAGAAACCAGAACAAAAACUCUUUGCUUGUCUGGUGAAGAGAGCUCUCUGAUGCUGAAUCCAUCCCUUCCCAGGCAGUGAGGGUGGGAGGGAAGGGACCUGGUCCUCACACAGGUGUGGGGAAGCUUUUUAAUGAGGUAUCUAUUCCUUUCUUCCUUCCCCCAAAUGUUCCUUUUGUUCCACUUCUUUCCCCUAAGGUCCUUUCUUUCCCUUCAGUUCACUACUACUGUCCUGUAGCAUCCAAAACAAAUUGCCUUGAGUCACAGCUGUGUGUGUCCUUUGAGGGAGCAAGGUUUGCGAGGCAAUUUUGCAUAUGUAUCAAGACGAUCAAGCCCUUCAUUUCAGAUUCCCUGCUUUGCCUCUCAACCCUGCUCCUGAAUAUAUAUUGGGUGAGUAUCAGUAACAGGUGAGUGUGUCUGAGUUUUAAAGAUGAGUUCUGCUAUACUCCCUCUCCAUGGAUUCCAAUGCGUUAUCUGUAACACGAAAGGCUGUUGGCAUGGAGAUUGUGCUAACAUCCCCAGACCAGGCUGGAUGGCUGUGCCGUAUGCUGGGCUGAGGCUUAGUUCAGACCUGCUGUCACUUUAAUAGAGGAAAUGUAGGAAUGUUCAGUUAGGCAGCUGCUUGCUAUUGUAACAUGCUGGCUCAGUAUGUCAUAUCCGCCUCUAGAGGCCGGUCCACAUACAAGAUAGGAGCCUACUACUGGUACCAGCUCAAGUGGUAUAGGCCUUUUGCUUUUGAUGCUAAAGGUUUUGAGUUAAUCCCCUGCUGACAGUCCAUGGUGGGGGGUCAUUACUGUAAUUAACUGCUGGGUUUGAUGAUCUCUUUCUAUUUACUGUGGUGGGAAGUGCUCCCCUCUGGGUUAGCCAAGGCUGCUCAGAGAUGAUAUGUAGGAAAGGAGGAUGAGGGAGAGAGUUGAAAACAUCACCAAAUCCUGCUUAGUUUGACAUGUGGAAAAACAGCAACGGAUUAUAAACAGGUGGCAAUAUGACAGGCAGGCAUUACACUGCCUCAUUUUUAAUAAUGUUAUUGGGUAUCUUAUACUGCCAGUAAGAACAUCAGCUUAAUGUUGUGAUGUCACGAGAGUAGAUUUUUCCUGUAGAAGUCACACUGCCAAUGGCAGGAAGUGCCAGGGGCUCAUGUAAAGGGUGGAUUGAGAUAGAGGAUACCCUCAGGCACUAGGGACCCAGCAGUGAUAUAAACUUGAACGGCAGCAAACCAGUCCCUUGCUACUGAGAAGUAAGAAAUCAGUAGGUACCUAUGUAGGAUGGUCCCAAAGGUGGUUCACACAUCUUUGCCAUCAUAGGACCUUUUAGCUAAGUCAAAACGUUGAUUUAGAAACCUCUAUUGAUGAGGAGGUGGAGCAGUAAGAACUUCAGGAGAAACAUGAGAAAGCUGGGCCUCUCCUUGGUCAUUGUUCCUGUCUCCUCUGCUGCACUAAUAGGUCUACUUCAGAUUUUGGGGGAGCUUGAGUUGGCUAGAUGAAAACACCACCUAACUCAAUCUCCCUUCCAGCUUUUUGUGCCCAGGUCAACUUCAGUCUCAGUACAAACAAGAGGCUGCUUGUCUUUGGUGCUGGGAGUUUGGAUGCCUCACACUGGAAGUUUCUGACUGGCACAAGAGCUAACCCACUUCUUGGCCCCUGUGCAGCCAACUGUCCACAUGCGGGGACACAUACAAAAAAAUAAAUCUAGUUAUCCCACAAUAAUGAACAGCCUGUGACCAGACUCUUGAGUUAGGGUGUUAAAAGGACUGCACUCAGACAUUAAUAACCAGCUUUUUAAAAUGGGUACAGCCUGGGGGUUCAUCCUCUGAAUUCUAAGAGCCAAGUCCUCAGCUGGUGCAAAUUGAUAUUGUUCCCUUGUCUUCAGCAGAGCUAUGCUGUCUCACCCCAGCUGAGGAUCUGACCCUAAAUAUCUAUUUCUUGAAAAAUUCACUGGGCCAUCACUGAGAACAAAACUACAGUGUCUUUGUGUUUGUGAGCCCUACCAAAUCUAUUAAUUUGUGCUGCCUUUACUGGCACUGCAGCAGCAUUUAAGCUUGGACACACUUCCAGAGCUGUGCAGAUUUGAAGCAGUGGGUGCAGUGAAACUGACCCUUGCCUUCUCGAGGAGGGAGCUGUUGCUCUGCAUUGCCUCUGUUUGGUCAGAGGUCUCCACAAGAUCAUCUGUAGACUUUCUGCUUGGGUUCUAGGUCUUGAUAAACACUAGUACAAUUCAGUCUAGCAUUCCUGGCUGUGGAAUGAGAGCUGGUUCAUCUUGAGGACAACUCAUUUGUCCCCUUCCCCAGUCGUGUGGAAACAGCUAGUGGUGCUUUCACAGGCCAGAAGAUGCUGCUGUCUGGAGCAGCUGCUCCCUAUGAGGUUUCCCAGGCAGUCAUCCAUUAUUGUUGGGGAUGUCAUCAAACUCAAUCUGUGGAGCCCAAAAUGUAAACAUCUGCAGGCUUCAAAAUUCCCAUUCCUGCUCUUUCCUCAGAUUUAUACUGUAAAACUGUGUUUUCACUUCUCCAGUCUUUGGAGGAUACAAAGAAGGACUUGAGUUCAGCAUAUCCAGCUUAUUUUAGGCAUUGCAUUCACCUGAACGGAGGUUCUAUCAGCAAUCACUGCAAGGGCACGCAUGCCCAUUCCAGCAGCAAUGACUGAAUUAAUUCCACAGAGCUAGGAGCUCGUGUCUGUGGGACAGCUAUGGUCCUGAAAGUGCCUUUGCUGAGGCAGCCAUGGAAUACUCACAAAUAAACACGUCUGCAGCUCAUCAUCACUAUGUGAUGCACCUAUCCCCAGACCCGCUAGCAGGAAAACCAGCAUCAGUCUGAUCUACAGAGAAUUUCUUUUGAAGUCUUAAUUGAAUGGGUUUGUUUUACUGACAUGUCAGAACAAAUCAAUAUGAUCCAGCUUUUUAUAUCCCCUUCUGCCCUCCCUUCUCUCCCCCUCUCCCCCCCCCCAAAGUCCUGUACUCCUUUCUAGGCUGGUCCACUAAUCACUGAGCCCUUUGGAUGUGCAUCCAGUUGCCAGAAGAGCCUGGACCAGAGUUGAGCUGAGCUGCCGUGUCCUGAAGGAACAGAAUGCCUGUCAAAUGCAGGCAUGGCAAAGGCCUUGUAGUAGAAAGCUAUAAUAACUGACUUCUUUAACGGCAUCAGCAGAGAGAGUUCAAAGGGUGGGACUCCUGCCAACCUUCCCUCUUGUUUGUGCCUCUGGGAGUCUCAUCCAGUGUGUUUCAUUGGAGAUGAAAGGUGUGCCUGUAUUUUCUUCCAAAAUGCUCCUAUUCAUAGAUCUCAAAUGUUGGCAGACCUGGUGGCUUCCCUUCCAAGGGUCAUGUCCAUGUGACUGUUUCUCUGGAUGCAAUAACCAGCACUGUGUACAUGAGCUAUGUGUUAUGCACUGCUAGAAUACCCCUUCUUUUCUCCUCUUAUGUUCCUACUGGACCCUGAGCAUCCUUCCAUGGUGGCCCUGUAUCAUCAUCUGGGGCAUCUGGAUGGGACUUCCCCCUUCAGAGCAAAUGACCCCUCCUUACUGGUCAGGUGUAUGUCAUGGUGGGGAGGGAGCUGAGGAAUGUUAGAGCAUCAUAAGGCCCUUUCUCCUUGAGGGGGGAAAGAUAGAUAAUGAUGCUAUCUCCACAGCAUGCCCAGCCCCUUUAAACAGCCUUGAAAAGCAAGAAACCAGGACCGAACUGGAUCUGUCUCCAUGGCAGUAAGACAAGCCGUAUGGCCGUCCCUGUGUUACUUUAUUUCUGAAAUACACUUCAUACUCUGUGUUUGGGGGUCAAGGGCUACUGACUGUUGCACAUACCAGUUUGGAGGGAGCUAAGGGGGGAUAUUAGUGCUGAAGCCGCUAUUGCUAUUUUAUUUAUGUAGACUCCUAAAAGUUAGGCAGGCAGGUUUACCCUGUCAUAUUAAGGGAGUGAUCUUGGCUCUAUCCUGGAAAAUUUACCCAAAACUGAACAGAAGUUUGGAGAUAAAAUGAUGAUGGGCUUCUUUUGUGACCCAACCUUCUGCAUUAUGAACCUUACUAAUGCUGCUAAUAUUAAUGUAUUUGGUUGUUUUUGUGUAUGUCUCUAUACAUGUAUUAUUUGACUGCAGGCUCCUAAUUCUCUUCAAUUGCAGAGCAGCGUGGUAUACUAAAUGCAGUGUAUUAAAUGGAUGGGAGAGAGCUCCCUUGAACUAAAAAUCAUUUUGUAAAGGAAUUCACAGAAAAUCAGAGGUAGAAUUUGGACUUUAGUUUUGUAAUAAAUAACUCUUCUUUCAAA